AUGCUAACUGGUAAUGGUGCGAAUCGCUGGGCAGACAAAUCGCUGAAUUAUGUGGUCGGAAGAAACUCACGAUGCGGUGGAACAUCGGAGCACUCGAUCGCAGAUGGAGCAGAGUUCGACCACAUUAUGGAGAACUUCACUGCGUUCGAGAUACUUACACCAUAUCCCCUUCUGGAGGAGCAACGAAAAAUCGAAAAAAUAACUGAAAAUGACCGAGACGUUAAACUUGCAGUUCGAUUGCCUGUUGAAGUCAAUUCGGAGAUGGCUUCUGCUAUAGAAAGCAGCUAUUCCGAGUAUUCGAAGUCGCGUGACGACCUGGACGUCGCCGCCACAUUAUUCAGAGAUUUCGGAAAAGGUCUCAUCAAGAAAUGUGGACUUUCCCCGGAUGCAUUUGUACAGAUGGCAAUUCAGUUGGCAAACUAUAGG